CCCUGUAUUCUCACCAACCCAAAACAAAUUUCUCUGUGUCUUUCAAUUUCUCCAUAGUCCACUCCUCCUCACCAGCAACCACUUUAAUAUGGAAUAAACAAAUGGUUCAUCCAAAGAGCUCCUUUUUUUAGCAUUAUAUACAUUAUAUUCAAUAACUCGUUCUCACUCGUUCUCUCUCUCUAUCUCUCACUGAAAGUUUCUCACUCAUGGCGGCCGCUUCUUCCAGUACUAAAUCUAUCAUACAUUCUUCCGGUGCAAAAUCUUUCAAUACCCAUUUGAAUUUGCUUAAUUUUAGAAAAACCCAUUUGGGGUUUCAAUCAAAAGUCCAUACAAAAUGGGCGAAUUUAUCAUUGGGCGGUGAGAGGAACAGAAGAACAGAGUACCGUGUGAAUAAGAACAGAGAGAGAAGGUGGGUGGUAAGAUGUACGGCGGAGGGGAUAGAGAGGGGAUUGCUGGUGGGAGGGAGAGGAAAAGAGAGUAGUAAAUUUGUGGUGUCAGAGAGGUUCAAAGUGGUGGCGUUAAUGGCUUGUGUCAUGUGUCUGUGCAAUGCAGAUAGAGUUGUCAUGUCCGUGGCCAUCGUUCCUCUAGCUGCCAAAAAUGGUUGGAGCAGCUCUUUCUUGGGCAUUGUUCAGUCCUCGUUUCUCUGGGGGUACAUAUUUUCAUCAGUUAUUGGGGGAGCCUUGGUGGACAGAUAUGGUGGAAGUAAAGUGAUUGCAUGGGGUGUGGCUUUGUGGUCUUUCGCCACUCUCCUCACACCGUUGGCUGCAAACCACUCCACAAGCAGCCUCUUGGCUGCUCGUGCCUUCUUUGGACUCGCUGAAGGUGUAGCUCUACCUUCCAUGAGCACCAUUUUAUCAAGGUGGUUUCCAAGCAAUGAAAGAGCUACAGCAGUUGGAAUAUCUAUGGCUGGAUUUCAUCUUGGGAAUGUUGUGGGCUUAAUACUAACUCCAAUAGUAAUGUCAUCUAUUGGAAUUUCUGGUCCUUUCAUUCUUUUCUCAUCUCUUGGACUGCUCUGGCUCACAAUAUGGACAUGUAGGGUCACAAAUGAUCCACGAGAAAGCCAAUUUAUUAGCAAAUCAGAGUUGCAAUUAAUCCAAAAAGGGAAAUCUCAAUCUCCUGUAAAUAAAGGCACACUUCCUCCGCUACGCCUCAUAUUAUCAAAAUUUCCCACUUGGGCAAUUAUCUUUGCUAAUAUUACUAACAAUUGGGGAUACUUUGUUCUUCUCUCAUGGAUGCCGGUUUAUUUUAAAACAGUAUUUGGUAUGAACUUGAAGCAAGCAGCUUGGUUUAGUGCCAUCCCUUGGGGAUUGAUGGCGAUUUCAGGCUACAUUGCUGGCGCAACAUCAGAUUUCCUCAUUAAAAUGGGGUACUCACUAACAUUAGUCAGGAAAAUCAUGCAGUCUAUUGGUUUCAUUGGGCCUGGUGUGUCAUUGCUCUGCUUGAACUAUGCCAAGACACCGGUGGUUGCAUCCAUAUUCAUCACAGCAGCUUUAAGCUUGAGCUCUUUCAGCCAAGCUGGCUUUCUGCUCAACAUGCAAGAUAUUGCUCCUCAGUAUGCAGGAUUCAUCCACGGGAUUUCAAAUUCAGCUGGGACACUGGCAGCCAUAAUCAGUACUAUUGGAACAGGUUACUUUGUACAAUGGAUGGGAUCUUUUCAAGCAUUCCUAACUCUCACCGCCGCUCUCUAUUUUGUUACAACCAUCUUUUGGAACCUUUAUGCCACCGGAGAGCAAGUCUUCUAGGCAGAACAAUUCAUAAUUUUUUAUUCUAUUUUUCUGUAUGCAUGAUUGAAGAGUUCAAAAGUAAUUAUUCUUCAGCACUCUGAGUAGAUAGCAAGUAAUGGUCUUUGGCAUGCACGAUUUAGAUCGAAGUGGUCUAAAUUAUGUACAGUAUGUUUUUUCUUGUGAAUCAGAAGACAUAGGAAAGGAAUAAACUCUCAUCUUGUGCCAUUAUUAUUUCCUUGUAUGAACAUUUAACAUAUAUUAGAUUGGAUUGAAAGGGGAAA